CUUAAUAACAAACAAACAAACACAUUCAUGUUAGAGUAGAAUCAUGAUCUGUGACGUCAUCUCUAAAAUAUAAAGUUUUAAUUUACAUGUUCUUGAAAAGUUUACUCGUGUUCUGUGUUAGAUAUCAAAGAAUCGUCUGCAAUGAGCUGGAUAUCACUUACCAGAAGUUCGUUAUGUCUUCUUACACAGAACCACCGAUUUUACAACCCUCUGAGUUUCCUAGUGACAUUGAGCUGGGUUCGAGAGUACAAAUCAUGUGUUAUCUCAAGAAAGGUGAUUUACCAGUUACCUUUACAUGGAACAAAGAUGGAAAACAACUAUUGACCAACGAACGAGUCACUGUCUCCAGUUUAGAUACUUUCACAAGUAAUUUAAGAAUCCAGAGAGUUAUUUCUGAAGACGUAGCCAACUACUCCUGUACAGCCGCUAAUUCAGCAGGAUCUGACAGUUUUACAGCGGCUCUUAUCGUUAGAGCGCCACCUUUCUGGAAACAACAACCAGAGAACACGGUCCAGGCUAUCAUAGCUACACGAACGUUGAUUGGUUGUUCUGUCGGGGGAUAUCCUGCUCCUAGAGUCACCUGGAAAAUAAAAAAUCCUUCAGGCUCCUUCACUCCAGUCUCCAGGAGCUACAAGAUGAAAGUGUUGGACAACGGAACAUUGGUGAUUAACGACGUUAAGGAGACAGAUUCAGGAACGUACCUGUGUCAGGCUGAUAACGGAGUGGGGGAAAAGUUGGAGAAAGCUGUCCGUCUGUCUGUCCACGGUAAUACUUCUUAUUCGAGUGGUGGUUUAGAAAGUCCCCGAGUAUUCAAAGAUUAUUAA